CGUGUCACGAUGAGAUGAAACUUGUUUUAUUAUGUGAGUGUAACAAACUCUGCAGUUCCUCUUCAUGAGUGUGAAACUUUGAAAGUUACCUCAGUGAAUGUUUCCACUGACUGAGCUCAGGUCUGCUGUUGUCCACCAGGUGUCGCCCGCAGUUCACGCACAGAGACAGAGCACGCUGACUCCUCUCGUGUUGUUUUAGAUGCAAAGUGUGAAAAUAUGAAACUUCAUGGUCAGUUACUAAAAAAUAAAAAGUGAUUUUAUUCAUUUAUUUUAUGAAUUUCUUAUUAACUGUGUAAAACUGAAGUGUUGAUGAUCUGUGGAGCUCUGGGAGGAGAUCAGAUCAUCCAUCAGAGUUGGGACAUGAUGACAGGCGUCCAAUGAGCGGAGGAGAGGGCGCGUUCCCUUUUUUCCACACAUGAAGUCCUCAGAAGGCUGCAGUCGACUCAGCGCACACAGGUGGAGGAUGGGAACGGGUCAUGACCAGGAGGAGUUUGCACUGACUGGACUUGAACGACCUGCUUUGUUUUAGAGUCUCCUGCGCGCUGGAUUAUUGUCCUGGUCCCGGUCUGUGCUUCUGGUCCCGGUCUGUGCUCCUGGUCCCGGUCUGUGCUCCUGGCCCUGGUCGGUUCCGUUUGUCUCCUGUUGGUCUUUGCAUUCUUCACUGAGUGCAGACAUCGUCAUGUUCAUCAGGACUCUUCUCCUCUCCUUCGUGGUCUCUCUCUCGGAUCUUGUUCGUUGCAUGGACAGUGAACUCUGCUUCCCGCUCAGGCUGGAUCACCAUGACGGGAGGGAUUUUGACAACGACGUGGAAACCCUGGAUGUGUCAUGUGUCAUAAAGAUUCGCGCCUUUCAGCAGGAACUAGUGAUCGAUCUGCACCAGGACUCCACGUUCAUCGCGCCCUCCAUUUCUAAGCAGGACGCGCUGUGGCUCUCCAACACCGAGGCCACCUCCGACCUGAGCCGGUGUUUUUACUCCGGGUACGUGAAUGCUGACCUCUCCUCUUACGCCGCUCUGAGCCUCUGCAAAGGUCUGCAAGGUGCAUUCGGUUUUCAGGGCUGGGAAUAUUUCAUCAGCCCGGUGCAGAAUGACACCAGGAGCGCGGAGAGCGCGCACACAAUCCGGCGCAGAAGAAGCGACAACCUGAAGCUGAAUUCCACCUCCCGCUGCGCAGUGGACAGCGACAUCAGCCUGCAGGUUGCGCAAUCGUUGGAGAAAUACAAGCGGCUACAAGAUCACAGCAAUGUGACCGAGACCAUGCUGAAGAGGAUGGGGAGAGCCAAGAGGUUCGCGUCGGUGCCCCGGUACGUGGAGACGCUCGUGGUGGCGGAUGAGUCCAUGGAGCUGUUCCACGGAGACGACCUGAAACAUUACCUGCUGACCCUGAUGGCAGUGGCGGCGAGGCUCUACAGGCACCCGAGCAUCCUGAACUCCAUCAGCAUCGUGGUGGUGAAGAUCGUGAUUAUAACGGAGGAGGACAAAGGACCCAAAGUGACCGGGAACGCAGCCAUGACGCUGCGGAACUUUUGCAACUGGCAGAAAAAGAUGAACAAAAACAACGACAAGCAUCCGGACUACUGGGACACCGCGAUCCUCUUCACGAGACAGGACCUGUGUGGAGCCUCCACCUGUGACACGCUUGGCAUGGCGGAUGUCGGCACCAUGUGCGACCCCAAGAGAAGCUGCUCCGUCAUCGAAGACGACGGUCUUCCGUCAGCCUUCACCACCGCUCACGAGCUCGGACACGUGUUCAACAUGCCACAUGACAACGUGAAGGCCUGUGAGGACGUGUUUGGGAAACUGCAGGACAACCACAUGAUGUCUCCCACGCUCAUCCAGAUCAACCGCACCAGCCCGUGGUCCCCCUGCAGCGCCGCCAUCAUCACUGAAUUCCUGGACAGCGGGCAUGGUGAAUGUUUGCUCGACCAGCCUCAAAAACCGCUCGUCCUCCCCGUCGUGUCCCCGGGAUCAUCCUACAGCCUGGACCGUCAGUGUGUGCUCGCGUUCGGAGAAGGCUCCAAGCCGUGUCCCUUCAUGCAACCGCCAUGCAGCCGCCUGUGGUGCACAGGAAAAUCCAACGGACAUUUGGUGUGCAUGACCCGACACUUCCCCUGGGCGGACGGCACGCACUGUGGGGAUGGACAGGUCUGCGAUCGAGGCGUCUGCUCGGACAAACAGGCCCAAAAUGUGAAGGUGGACGGCCGCUGGGGUAAGUGGGGCCCGUUCGGUUCCUGCUCGCGCACAUGUGGAGGCGGCGUCCAGCUGUCUAAAAGAGAGUGCAACAACCCAGUGCCGUCAAACGGGGGUAAAUACUGUCAAGGUGUUCGGGUCAAAUACCGCUCCUGCAACCUGAACCACUGCCCUGACACAGGUAAGACCUAUCGUGAGAUGCAGUGUGAGAUCAGCGGGCGCAAUUUCAACAGUAACCGUAUCGCCCCCUCCGUGAUCUGGGUGCCCAAGUACUCCGGAGUGUCCACUGAUGACCGGUGUAAACUCAUCUGCAGGGCUAACGGCACCGGCUACUUCUAUGUCCUGGCACCAAAGGUUGUCGAUGGGACGCCAUGCUCUCCAGACUCCACAGGAGUGUGUGUCCAAGGGAAGUGCAUCAAGGCUGGCUGUGACGGAAAGAUUGGCUCCACUAAGAAGUUUGAUAAGUGUGGAAUCUGCGGAGGCGAUAACAAAGGCUGCAAGAAGGUGUCAGGACUCUUCACAAAGCCCAUGCACGGCUACAACUUUGUGGUCAUGUUGCCAGUGGGUGCAGCCAACAUCGACAUCCGUCAGCGAGGCUACAAGGGAAUGAGGAGCGAUGACAACUACUUGGCUGUGAAGAGCAGCGAGGGCCAUUACCUGCUCAAUGGGAACUACGUAGUGUCAGCUGGCGAGCGGGACAUCAUCGUAAAGAGCAGCCUGCUGCGAUACAGCGGCACCGCCGGACUCUCCGAGACCCUGCAGGCCGUGAAGCCCAUAGGGGAAGCCCUGACUGUGGAGGUGCUGUGUGCCGGCCAGAUGACGCCUCCUCGCAUCCGCUACUCCUUCUACCUCGCCCGUCAGACCAAGGAGGACAAGACUGUGAAGAAGGAAGGGCGGGAAAACUCCCAUAACAGCGUCCUGGCUGAGGAUAAUGUCAAGGAGAAGGGAGGGGACACCCUGAAGAAGUCUUACAGCAAGGAGGAUCCUGCUCUUGGGAAAUGGAUAUCCACAAACUGGGACCAGUGCUCGGUGACCUGCGGGAAUGGGAUCCAGAGGAGGUUGGUACAGUGUUUGAGACCAGACGGGAAGCCAGGGUUUGACUGUGAUCCUUCACAAAGACCUCCAGCCACCAGGGUUUGCGGAGACCCCUGUCCUGAGUGGCAUGUUGGGCAGUGGGCAUCUUGCUCCAGAACCUGUGGGAAGGGAUUCAAGAGACGACCAUUGCACUGCAAAACCCAGACUGGGCAUCUGCUCCCACGGGACCACUGCACUGGCUUACGCAAGCCACAGGAGCUGGACUUCUGUAACCUAAGGCCUUGCUAGUGACUAAAACCUCUAAAUACAAAUGAUGUUGAUGUUUUAAAUGGACUGAAUUGAAUCAGGUGUAGGUUUCUCCACCUGCCUCAUGUGACACUUGGAAGGAGCGUGAAAGCCGCAGGACGAAUGCUGGAAGAUAUUUUCUCACUGCUGACUUCAAAAGACAUUAACCAGGUCUGACUGUGAUGGCAACAUAACAUCGAAGGCCACAUAAAAUGUUGUUGAAUCCCCCUCGUACCGUCAGCAGAUACAGAAUGCCCAUUUGCAAGCAAUCAAUCUAGUUUAUCUUACGAGUCUGGAACCCAUUUUGUGUCAUAAUAUUUGAACUGUGCAGGUUUCAGAGUUUUAGUUUUCACCGAAGCCUUCUGGUCCAAAACCUUACUCAUUCAUUUUUUAAAAAGGACUGCCCGCACGCUGCACGAGACUCCACACGGGGAAGGACGGCGCGUUCGAUAACACGACGUGUCGUCUUUCACGUGUUUUUUUCAGGGAAUCUUUCAAAAUCUUGAUUCAGAAAUGAAACAGACACAGAAAGUGCUACUGCUACAUCGAUUCCCCAACUUUAAAAUCUGUGAUAGCGAAUCACGAUACAAACGUUGGAUAGAUUUACACAGCCUGAAACUUCUAAUGAUGCAGCCAGCGUUUCAUGUGCGCUGUACACUGAUUUUCUGCAGACCUCACUCAGCACCAGUCAUGGAAACAGUUUAAACUAGAACCUGAAGUCACCGGUGGCUUUCAUGACAGAUCUGACUAAACAAAGCGGAAACAAUGGCCAUUGGCUUGCUCCUUGUCAGCUGUUGUGGCCGCCAGUUCAGUGAUUUCAUCCAACAUCGCACUCAUUCAUAUCACACACCCACACAUGCUGUGUUUGUGCCUUCAUUUGAUCACAACAGUUGUCUUCCAGCCGUGUUAAGUCAUGCCUGUCUGGCACAGCAGAUAAUUUAUUAUCAAUGAAACAAUAAAGCCGAGAGGGGAAGAAAAACCUGGCUGGCGCUCUGGUGCCGUACACGUUGUGUGUUUUCUUGGACCUCCUUGUUGACGGCCCCACAGCCUGAGCCAAGCUGUUCCUUCUACACACUCGAUGAAAUCCUGUAAUCCAUUAUAUUCAUUGUUUUAAAAAGGGGGGCCACGUCGUCCAGUCCAACAUCCAGCUACAGGACGGAUCCUUUGUCAGUUGGACUUUUAUUUUUUAUUUUUUUAUCAGCUGUACUUUGUACAGCAAAAGAAACCGAUGACCUACACGGGCUGUGCUGUAUACUAUGUAUACAUUUAUUCAGCUCUGUGCAAAAACAAAAUGUAAAUACUUUUUUAAUCUUUUUGUUUUUUACACAGGCAUUUGUAAUUGUCUUUGACUUCAGUAUAUUUAUUCCAAAAAUAAAGCCAUUAAGGAACAGUUA